CCUUCCGCCCAAACCUGCCUCAGGUUGCUCAGCCGGCUGCCGCCCGGCGGGCCGCGCUGUGCGCACAGACUGAGCCUGAGCCUGAGCCUGAGCCUGAGCCUGCGGCCGCGCCGGGGACUCGGGCAGCGCGCGAGCAGCAGCCCCCUGAGCGACCCACAGCCACUCUGCGGAGAUGCCCCGAGCCCCCCGCACCACGUCCUGGCCCCAGGCACAGAGGAGGCCCUGUGGACCACGCGGGCCGACGGCCGGGUGCGCCUGCGCGUGGACGCCAGCUGCCCGCAGACACCCUGCACCGUACACCAGAUGUUCCGCGAGGCCUUGGCCAAGUAUGGCCACCUCAGCGCCCUGGGCUUCAAGCGCGGGGGCCAGUGGGAGAACAUCACCUACACCCAGUACUACCUGAUGGCCCGCAAGGCCGCCAAGGGCUUCCUCAAGCUGGGUCUGGAGCCGGCCCACAGUGUGGCCAUCCUGGCCUUCAACUCCCCGGAAUGGUUCUUCUCGGCGGUGGGCGCCGUGUUCGCGGGCCGGCCUGUCCUCGUCCCCAGGGGCAUCGUCACAGGCAUCUACACCACCAGCUCACCCGAGGCCUGCCGGUACAUCGCGCACGACAGCCGUGCCAACGUGUUUGUGGUGGACGACCAACAGCAGCUGGACAAGAUCCUCCAAAUCUGGGGGACCCUGCCUCACCUGAAGGCGGUCGUCACCUGCUGCGAGGCCCCGAAGAUGGACAACGUGUACUCGAUGAAGGAGUUUCUGGAGCUGGGGGAGCAGGUGCCUGAGGAGCAGCUGGACCCCGUCCUGGAGGCCCAGCAGCCCAACCAGUGCUGCGUCCUGGUCUACACGUCGGGCACCACGGGGCCCCCCAAGGGCGUCAUGCUGAGUCAGGACAAUGUGACGUGGACGGCUCGCUUCAGCAGCCAGGCGGGGGGCAUCCAGCCGGCGGACAGGCAGCAGGAAGUGGUGGUCAGUUACCUGCCGCUCAGCCACAUCGCAGCACAGAUCUACGACCUGUGGACGGGCAUCCAGUGGGGGGCGUGGGUCUGCUUCGCCCAGCCCGACGCCCUAAAGGGGAGCCUGGUGGACACGAUGCGGGAGGUGGAGCCCACAUCCCACAUGGGGGUCCCGCGGGUGUGGGAGAAGAUCAUGGAGCGCAUCCAGGAGGUGGUGGCGCGGUCCGGCUUCCUCCGGCGCCAGCUGCUGCUGUGGGCCAUGUCGGUGACGCUGCAGCAAAACCUCGCCUGCCUCAGAAGCGCCCUCUCCCGCAGCGACCUGAAGCCCUUCACGGCCCGGCUGGCGGAGCACCUGGUGCUGGCCAAGGUGCGCCGGGCGCUGGGGCUCUCCAGGUGCCAGAAGAGCUUCUACGGCGCGGCCCCCAUGGCGGCCGACACGCAGCGCUUCUUCCUGGGCCUCAAUAUCCCGCUAUACGCCGGCUACGGGCUCAGCGAGACCUCAGGCCCCCACUUCAUGUCCUGCCCUGACAUCUACCGGCUCUACAGCUCCGGCAGGGUGGUGCCAGGCUGCCACGUGAAGCUGGUGGAGCAGGACGCAGAGGGCACAGGCGAGAUCUGCCUGUGGGGCCGUAACAUCUUCAUGGGUUACCUCAACAUGGAGGGGCCCACGCGCGAGGCCCUGGACGCUGACGGCUGGCUGCACACGGGGGAUGCCGGCCGCCUGGACGCCGACGGCUUCCUCUACAUCACCGGGCGGCUCAAAGAGCUGCUCAUCACGGCGGGCGGGGAGAACGUGGCACCGGUGCCCAUCGAGGAGGCCGUGAAGGCGGAGCUGCCCGUCGUCAGUAACGCCAUGCUUGUGGGGGACCGGAGGAAGUUCCUGUCCCUGCUGCUCACUCUCAAGUGCACAGUGGACCCCGACACGUUGGAGCCCACGGACCAGCUGACAGAGCAGGCUGUGGAGUUCUGCCGGCGUAUGGGCAGCCAGGCCACCAGGGUGUCGCAGGUGGUGGGGCUGCAGGACCAGGCUGUGCACCGGGCCGUCGAGGAGGGCAUCCGGCGUGUCAACCUCAAGGCUGCAGCCAGGCCCCACCACAUCCAGAAGUGGGCCAUCCUCCCCAGGGACUUCUCCAUCGCAGGGGGCGAGUUGGGCCCCACCAUGAAGCUGAAGCGGCUGGUGGUCCUGGACAAGUACAGAGAGGUCAUCGACGCCUUCUACCAGGAGCAGAGCAAGUGACCUGCAGGCCACCGUGGGGACCCAGGGCUCUGCACUGUCACCUGCUGGCCAUGCAGCUCAUUCCCGUAUUGCUUUCUGCUCAGGUCACCCAGCCAGGGGCCGGUGCCCGUAGGGAUUGGGGGGGGGGGAGGCUACCGGCACGCCUGUGGUCAGAGCAGGGAGCCCAUGCCGUGAGCCCCAUGGGCACACGCCAACUGACUCACGCUAACCAAGCUGGCUGCCUCCUCAGCUGUGUUUAACCCGUAACUGAGAAUUAAACCUCAUGAUAAGUGUC